AUCUGACGGCGCCGUGACGCUCCGGAGCCUCGCUGAGGAUUACCACGGGCUGCACCGGCGAUGAGGGGAUUUUUCUCUCUCUAAAAAUAGGCGAGUUUCGGUGCUGCAGGUCUGCACGCCUCCACUGAGAUGUUAACCGAGAUGUUAGCUGGUGCAAAGUGAAGCUUCAGUCUCAAGAUUCUCCAUUUCUCCUUUUCCUGAAGAACGCGGAGCUGUUCGGUGGAUUAUCAGCCGGCUGUCAGCGUGUGAUUGAUUAUUGAUCCCGGAGGAAGGAGCCGGACUACGCCCGGACCCGCUCCAAGGCUGCCGGACCGGGAUUGCAUGUUCUUUCUCUUGGUUUUGGAUGAUAAAGAGACCCCCAGCUUCCACCCUGCUUGCCCACGGACGGACCCCGGCGCGCAUUUUCCGGAAUAUUUUGGGAUUGAAAUAGUUUUAUUUGUUAAAAAGGCCCCACCUGGAGGGAUAGCUGCAUGUUCUGGGAGCGGACCGCCCGUUCAGAGCCGCAGACGGAUUCUUGGAUAAGUGAAAAGGUUAUUUACACUCAAGGACACCCUAAGUGUGGGUGGGUGCAGCUUUCUUAGAGUAUUUGGGUUUUUCAAGCACAAACCAGAGCUGCGCACUCGUUUCUACCGGGACUUGAGAUGAACGCUGGCGGAAUUGAAGGUAUUUAGCCUCCCGACAUCACUUUUCUAUCCUUCAUGCUGCUUUGGAUCUCUCUCUGAGGACUGAAUCACGCAUAUCCACGGAGGGCAAGGGCUCCCUAUCAGUUUGAAUACGUUAUUGGAGUAACGUUAAUUGGGCUUCAGCAGCCGAACGGGAGGCUAAUAGGAGUCUCUCUUUUUUCCCAGCUCCGGUAUGACCCCUCUACCCGCCCACCCUGCUCCUGUGAGGAUCUAUGUGUACGUGAGAGCUUCUCUUGGGUUCGCACGGUGAGACCACCGGCACCUGGAUUCCCGCUUCGCCCCCUUUUCCUUUUUCUCUUCUGCCUGACUGCGCGCACGUCUGUUCCGGUAAUUCCGCUUCUGCUGCCGCUGCUUCUGCUGCUGCUGUCCGGUCCCACACACACACACACAUACACACACAAGCACACAAGCACACACACCAGAAAACUACCCAGAGAGGCUCUCUCUCUCUCUCCGUGUGUGGAUGGGAAAGGAGUCGCGCAGGAGAGGAGAGCAGGAGUUGGGAUAAGCAGCAGAGCCUCAUCGUCUUUUUUAAAGCCUUUCCGGGCUCCUGAUUGUGAUUUAAGUCGUCUAUUAGUGGACGGAUCGGGAGAGGAAGAAGAAGGGAUUCUGGAGAAAAGCGACAGGACAAGAGGAGAGAAGGUGGAGAUCGAUGAAGGUGUCAGGAAGGAUUGAUCUGGCUUCCAGAUGACACAAAGGUAGGAGGUUGUCCUUGUUAUCUUGUCGUCCUGUUGUAACCCUGAGGCCGGUGAUGUGACUGGAAUGUGAAUUCAGUGGAAAAGGACCGACUCUACCUGAGGACCUUCUGCUUCAGAUAGAAGCCUGAAAUCCCUUCAACAAGAUGUAAAGAGGAGACCCCGAGAGAAAGCGAGUUUUUGGAAAUAUCAAAAGGGAAAUCUUGGCAGACUUUGACGGACAGCUGGCUGAGCCAAUGACAAACUUGGAGGACUUUUAACGCACGUCUGCAGGGUCCUCGGGUCGAACCUCUGUGUGGGUGUGCACACCACGAGUCCGUGCACGUGAACCCGGAUGAGCGCCAGCACUGCUCUGUGUCCUGUAAGAAGAGGACGGCCCCCCUCCCUGUUAGAGAGGCUGUUGCAGAUUGAAUCCAGUCGUCACGUCACAGCUGGACUGGACUGGUCCUGAUUGGCCCCCCUUUGAUAAAGUUAUAUUGGAACCCUCCAAACCAGCAGGAGAGCAGCCAUGGACAUCGUCUCCUCGCUGUUCGGCCCUCUCCUCCUCCUCGUCCUCCUCCUGUCCUCCCUCCCCCCCUGCUCUUCCUCCAUGCUGUGUCCGAAGCGGUGCACCUGCCAGAACCUGCUGCCGUCCUACACGGUGCUGUGUGCCAAGACGGGCCUCCUCUUCGUCCCACCCAACAUCGACCGCCAGACGGCCGAGCUCCGGCUGAUGGACAACUUCAUCACCACGCUGAGGCACCGCGACUUCGCCAACAUGUCCAGCCUGAUCCACCUGACUCUGAGCAGGAACACCAUCAGUCAGAUCCGGCCGUACGCCUUCGCUGACCUGCAGGACCUGCACGCCCUCCACCUGGACGCCAACCGCCUCACCACGCUGGAUGACUCACACUUCCAGGGCCUGGUCAACCUGCGGCACCUCAUCCUGGCCAACAACCAGCUGCACAGCGUGUCGGAGGGAGCCUUCCAGGACUUCCUGGAGACUCUGGAGGAUUUAGAUUUGAGCUACAACAACCUGGUGGACAUCCCCUGGGACACCAUCGCCCUGCUGGUCAGCGUCAACACCCUCAGCCUCGACCACAACCUCAUAGAGAGCGUCCCUGAGGGAAUCUUCUCCAACCUCCACAAACUGGCCAGAUUGGACAUGACGUCCAACAAGCUGAAGAAGAUUCCUCCGGACCCGCUGUUCCUGCGGAUCCCAGUGUACGCCAAGAUGAAGGGCUCCCCCCUCACAGCGCUGGUGCUGAGCUUCGGCGGGAACCCUCUGCACUGUAACUGCGAGCUGGUGUGGCUCCGCAGGCUGACCCGAGAGGACGACCUGGAGACCUGCGCCUCACCCAAAGACCUGGCCGGGAAAUACUUCUGGACCAUUAGAGAGGAGGAGUUUGUCUGCGAGCCCCCGAUGAUAACUCGACACACCUCCAAGAUGUUUGUGAUGGAGGGUCAGGAGGUCAGCCUGCGCUGUAAGUCCAUCGGAGACCCCGAGCCCUCCACACACUGGGUCAGUCCUGACGGGAAGCUGAUCGGCAACACGUCAAGAACCAUCUGCUACGAGAACGGCUCGCUGGACAUCCUCAAGGCCUCCGUCAAGGAUUCUGGGAAGUUCACGUGUAUAGCAUCGAACGCAGCCGGGGAGGCAACUGCUCCCGUCGAGUUAGUCGUCAACCCCUCGCCACACUUUGACCCCAAACUGGACCCCGACCCCGGGCCCUCGGACAUCCCCACGUCCAUCAAGUCCAACGUCAGCGGAGGCCAGGCCCGGUCUGACCAGCAGAGGGUCAGCGUGGCCGAGCUCACGUCCAGCUCCGCCACCAUCAGAUGGCCCCCCCAGAACCACAUACCAGGGGUCCGCAUGUACCAGAUCCAGUACAACAGCUCCACAGACGAUAUCCUCAUAUACAGGAUGAUCCCCGCCAACCACAAGUACUUCCUGCUGAGCGACCUGGCGUCGUCGCGGGACUACGAGCUGUGUGUCCUGGCUGUCUACGACGAUGGCAUCACGGCGCUGACGGGCACCAAGCUGGUGGGCUGUGUGUCCUUCACCACGGAGACGGAGUACGGACGAUGUCACUCGAUUAGAGACCAGUUCCUGGGAGGCACCAUGAUCAUCAUCAUCGGAGGGAUCAUCGUGGCCUCCGUCCUCGUCUUCAUCUUCAUCCUCCUGAUGAAGUACAAGCUGCACAGUAACCAUUACAAACAGAAAGCCGCGGCACGCCACGCCAACGUCUGCUCCCAGACCAACGGAGGAGGAGGAGGAGGAGGAGGAGCCAACGUCCUGCCUCCGUCCUCCUCCUCUGCAGGGCAGGGUGGAGGCGCCAAUAAAAACCAGCCGUCGUCAUCAGCGGAGGGGAUGGGAGGAGCUUCUCUUCGAGGAACAACCGUAGUGGACUUAAACCCCACCCACGACGAUGACGCCAUCUCCCAAUAACACACAACAGACUGUCAAUCAAACACACAACUCACCGAUCUCCAAGCCCAAAACAAUACUCCACCUUCCGCCCCCCUUUCUUUGAUUUGUUCUGUUGCUGGUGCCUGGAGCCAGACUCCACCGGAGCCGAGGAGCGCCUCCCGUCAUCGGUGCCCCAGUGGGUUGCAUGGUCACAUCCUUCUAAUGAGCCCCGACGAUCAGGUACCCGCCCCAGAGACGGAGCCCACCCUCUGACGCCACUUUCACCAGAGCCCCCUGUGACGUGGGGGACACAAAGCCGUCCUGUUGACAUGCAGAAGUCUCCAUGCCGCUGGGACCGGACAUGUGGGAUACAGGUCAGGUUCGUGUUCGGUGCUUAAGAGGAAACUGGUCCGAAAUCUCUUCUUCUUUUCUGAAGGAAGUAUCUGAUGAUCUGGCUCUAAAGGGUGUCGUGUGGAUUUAGCGUCUGCAUUUUGAAUCCAUGCGGACACUAAAUGCUGCUCUGGGAAUACGCUGAACGGAUUACCAUGGAUUACGGAAAAAACCCUUUUCAUGACAUUUUUCCAGGAUCGUGUGGUUUGUCGACGGUUCGGUGGCACCGCUCCUCUCCUCCCCAGCAUACAGUCACAUGCCAAAGGAUUACCACAGUAUUAUGACAGCAUUAUUACAAUAUCGGGAGAAAAUGCAGACUUCCAAAAGCACACCUCUCUAUUAUCUCUUAGCAGUCGAAGAGAACAUUCAUGUUGGGCCUUGGAUUGAAAAUAUGAGCACAUUGUCAACGUCUUGUCUCAAAGCAUCAAUAACAACAAACUGUCAAACUAAACGGUGAACUUCUCUGGCACUUUAAACGUAUGUCUUCACCUUCCCUCUCUCUUUCUUUCUCUGUCGCUCUCUCGCUCAUUCUCAUGAACAAUAGUAUACUCUCCAGUAUUACCGAUCUAACUCUUCUGGCUGCGAAUGACUUAGAUAAUGUUGAAAUAAUCCAUGUGUGUGCGUCCAUGGUGGAUUGGUUCUCUCUAUGUCGGAGUAUUAAAACAAAAGAAAAAAAAUGCCUUGGUGUCCCGAGAACGGAGCCCUGAGGAACUCCUGCAAGGAUUUAUUCAAAGCCAAACUCAAAGCACAGACAUUUGAUGGUGAAUUCUGAUGUUGUGUUGGACACUGGACAGCACCUGUACCUAUCCGAAACACUGGUGAACUCCACCGUAAGUGUUCCUAUUACUAAAGCUGGCACACGAGAUAGUUAAAUGUAUUAAGCGGUUUUAAAAGAUGGCCAGCAGAACUUGCGCUGCCCCACCCUCCCACCCCGCCCCCUCACCCCCACCCCUUUGCUCCCCCUUUGCCGUUUGACAGUGUCUGUGUUUGUAUGUGACAUACACCUUACAGUCUUCGAUGGUUUGAUACCCAUGAUUUACUUUGAAUAUAACGAAACAAGUGACCACAAUAAGGAGGAAAAACACAACAACAUGCGAAAUGGGGAUUUUAUGCUUUCAUAGAUACAAUUAUGUGGAUUUAUAAUGAAAUAAAAAGGUAUUUUUCUUGGAAAAAGGUGCAUGUGGUGAUUAAACUGAAACAGAACUUAUCUGCUGGCGACCCUGAUGAAUACAUCCAGUCAAUCUUUACUGAGGCUGAGCCAACUGUGUUCACACACAGAAUCAUUUUUGUUUUUUUUACACACAUGGAUUGUUUCAUCAGCAGAUAAAUAAAAACUUUGACGCUUUAUUUUAAAAAUGUAUUAGAUGAUAC